UUUUAUAGAGAUUUGAAGGCUUUUAUUGAUGGAUCAGAUGCCCAAAUGUUUGUGGAUAAUUUUCAAAAUAAGAAAUUGCUCUGGAGUGCAUUUUUUUUUUUCCUAUGAUGUUGAUGAAGAAGAUAGACUUUGUAGAGCUUUAUGGGCUGAUCCAAUCUGUCGAAAAAAUUAUGCACUUUUUGGUGAUAUGGUUUCUUUUGAUACCACAUUCAAAACAAACAGAUAUAAUAUGAUCUUUGGUCCAUUUACUGGAGUUGAUCAUCAUAAAAAAUGUGUUACUUUUGCGGCUUCUUUUGUAGCUCAUGAGGAUAUAUCAUCUUUUGAAUGGGUUUUCAAAACUUUUCUUAAAGCAAUGGGAAAUAACGAGCCUGUGUGUUUGAUUACCGAUCAAGACCCUGCAAUGAAAGUUGUUGUUCGUAAUGUUUUUCAAACUACAGAACAUAGGUUUUGUAUGUGGCAUAUUAUGAAAAAGGUGCCUGAAAAAGUAGGUCGGGCGAUUGCCCAAGACACUGAUUUCUUGAAAAAACUGUGUUCAUGUGUUUGGCAUUUAGAGAUUGAGCCGGCAGAAUUUGAAGAAAAGUGGAACAAAGUUAUUUCAGAAUUCCAUUUGAACGAUCAUGAAUGGUUGGCAUACAUGUACAACAUACGUGAUAUGUGGAUUCCAGCGUAUUUCAGAGAUUUAUUUUUGGGUGGCAUUAUGAGAACCACAUCUAGAUCAGAAAGUGAAAAUAAUUUUUUCACUAUGUUCACAAAUCCCCAUCUCACUUUGAUUGAGUUCUACAUGAGGUUUGAAUGUGCAUUGGAUGCUCAAAGGCACACUCAAAAUAAAAUGGAUAAUGAUUCGAAGAAUAAGCGUCCGGAGUGUAAGACUCCAAUUCCUUUAGAGAAAGAUGCUUCUGAAUUGUUUACAACAACAAUUUUCUAUGAAUUUCAAUAUGAGCUUGAAAUUGGAUGUUUUAAUUGUGGUGUUGAGGAGAUGAAGAAGGACAAUGAGCUUUACAUUUUCAAUUUGAGGGAAGGAACUAGAAGGAGGACUUUUGAUGUUGUUUUUGAUCCAACUACCUUUGAUACCAAGUGUUUUUGUAAAAAAUUUGAACGUGAUGGUGUGCCUUGUAGGCAUAUGAUUUGGGUGUGGAAGGCAAGGAUGUUAGAAAAAAUUCCCAAGGCCUACAUUCUAAAUAGAUGGUGUACAAUGGCUUAUAAGAAGCCCAUUUUUGAUUUAGAGGGUAAUGUGUUGGAGGAAUGUAUUAAUGCAGUAGAUAAGAAAAUGUUAUUAAAUGAUUUGUGGUCUGAAAUUCAUGCUUGUGUGAGUUUAGUGCAAAACAAUGAAGAUGAUCUUAGUGAUCUUGUCAAAAAACUUCGAGCCAUGAGGGUAGAUUUGGAACAGAAGAAAACAAAUGGAAGCAACAAUCUUUCGAGCAAAGUUAAAGACAUUGAAAUGCUUAUUGGAGCUAGUCUACCUUCUAAUGUUUUAAUCAAACCUCCUAAAAUUUCGAAGAACAAAGGCACGGGGGUUCAUGUUCCAAAUCAGGUCAAUGUUCCAAAUGAUGUCCAUGUUCCAAAUCAGGUUCAUGUUCCAAAUCAGGUAAAUGUUCCAAAUGAUGUCCAUGUUCCAAAUGAGGUUCAUGUUCCAAAUAGUGACAAAAGAAUGAAGAGUGACAGAGAAAAGUCUAUUGAACAAAGUCAAAAGAAGAAGAGAUUAUGUAGAGCAUGUGGGGAGCUUGGUUAUCAUGAUAGUCGUAAUUGCCCUGGAAAAGUCAAGUGAUAUUGUUGGUGAAUAUACUAUUAAUCCAGUUGCAUGAGAUGUUAUAUAUUUAGAAACAAUAUCUCAUUUACUAGCACGUAAAAUAUU